UUCGUAUUGAAAACCCUCGUGGUAGAAUCGAGUUCCAGAGUCCAUCGACUGGGAAAGCCUAACAACAGCAGUGACAAACCUCGCCCAAUUAUCGCACGUUUCUUACGAUAUUCGGACAAGGAAAUGGUGAUGGAUCAAGCCCGCAAGGAGUUAAAGAGGCAAGAGGACAAACAAUUUUCGGUGUUUGACGAUAUACCAAAGGAACUUUAUGAAACAAGAAAAAGUCAGAUGAAAAAGUUCAAGGAAGCCAGAGGCAAAGGCUGUACAGUUUAUUUCAGCAAAGCGCAACCAGAUAAGUUAUUUGUUAAUGGUAAAUAUAUCCCUGCAAAUGCUCCAUUGACAGAUUUUGUUUAG